AUUUCUCAAAUUCCUAAGUUUUAGAAAAGAGGUGACAUGUGUUCGCUUUUCUUAGUUUUUGUGUGCCUUUUCCUGUUCUUUUUCCCUAUUUCCAUCCUAUUUUUCCCAGGCCUCCGCCUCUACUUAUUUGACCUUAUUAAUAAGAGAACUUAAAUUCUUUGUAGGAAAAAGUAAGUAGACUGUAGGAAACCAUCAGUGAUCAGAACACAUGUAAACCGGGUGUGGUUCACAAUCUAAUAGAGUUCUCAUUAGUUUAUAAUUUUGUAUUUUACGUAAUGGCUUCUUUACAAGAAACUGAAUCGAAUAAUAGCUUCAAUUGGAAGAUAAUCUGUUACAGAAAUGAUAAAAAGUGCUUUUGCUAAGAAACAGCACUGAAAUGUUUUUGUAAUCAAAAUUUAAAUAUUUUUUAAUGUUCUCUCUGGUUUGUUAAAUACCCCUAAGGAAUACAGGCAACAUGUUCUACACACAUGUGCUUAUGAGUAAGCGAGGGCCGUUGGCCAAAAUCUGGCUUGCAGCUCACUGGGAGAAGAAACUCACAAAGGCUCAUGUAUUUGAAUGCAAUCUAGAGAUAACCAUUGAAAGAAUUAUUUCACCUAAGGUGAAAAUUGCACUUCGAACUUCAGGACACCUUCUUUUGGGAGUUGUGCGAGUCUAUAAUAGGAAGGCAAAAUAUCUUUUGGCAGAUUGCAACGAAGCAUUGCUCAAAAUGAAGAUGACAUUUUGCCCAGGGCUGGUUGACCUUCCAAAAGAGAAUUUUGAAGCUGCUUACAAUGCUAUCACAUUGCCAGAAGAGUUUCAUGAUUUUGACACCCACAAUGUGAAUGCUAUUGAUGUUUCAGAACACGUUACUCAGAACCAAAGCAGACCAGAAGAAAUCACACUUAGAGAAUAUUACAAUAAUGAUCUACUGUUCCAAGCUGGGAGCUUUGGGGAAGAAUCUGAAAUUCUCAGAAGACAUAGCUUUUUUGAUGACAACAUAUUGCUGGAUUCCAGUGGUCCUUUAGUUGAACAUAGUUCCGAAAGCCUCAUUGGAGAAAAAUCUCUGUUCUAUGACAGUGGAGAUGGAUUUGGAGAUGAAGGGGCUGCAGGAGAGAUGAUUGACAAUCUAUUGCAAGAUGACCAAAAUAUCCUGUUAGAAGACAUGCAUUUGAACAGAGAAAUUUCCCUGCCUCCUGAGCCUCCUGAUACUAUAGUGGUAGAACCAGAUAAUUCGGAGUGUAUAUGUCUACCUGAAAAUGAAAAAAUGGAUGAAAUCACAUUAUCAAAUGAAGAACAUGGAUUUACCCUUGACCCAAUUGAUGUUUCAGACCUUGCUGAGAAAAGAAAAGGCAAAAAGAGGAAAUUGCUCAUAGAUCCAGUCAAGGAGAUCAGUAGCAAAAUUAUGCAUAAACAGCUUACUUCCUUUACGGACACACUCAUGGUUUUGGAACUUGCACCUCCUACCCGAAGACUGAUGAUGUGGAAGAAGAAGGGAGGAGUGGACAUACUUCUGUCAAGUCCUGCCCAGGAUAUGACUCAUGCGGAACUGAAAAUGUUGUUUACAAAGUGCUUUCUGUCCUCUGGCUUUAAACUUGGAAGGAAAUUGAUACAGAAGGAAUCAGUAAGGGAAGAAGUGGGAAAUGAAAACAUAAUAGAGACCUCCGUGAUGGAAGAGCCAAAUUCUCGGCAAGACUUAAGUCAACCCAAAACUUGGAAGGAUGUGAUCAAUGGACCUAAGUGUAGCUCUCAUGAGGAUACCAAUAAAAAUAUUAAUUCUGAGGAGGAUGUUGUUGAAGUGGUAUCUUCAGCUACUGAGGAAUCUUCCUUAACGAAUGCUGUCUUAGCACAAGAAAUUGAAAAUAGUCCAGUUGAAUUGGAGUCAUUGGGGAAUCAACAAAAUUUUGAGGCAGAGAGGUGGAAUGGAAGAAUUCUUAAGAUGUUAAAUAGCUUGCAGGAAUCCAACAAGAUGGGAAUGCAGUACUUUAGUCUGAUGAAGCUCUGCAGACACAGUGACCGAAAACAAGCUGCUGCCAAAUUUUAUAGCUUUCUUGUCCUAAAAAAACAGCGGGCUAUUGAGCUGAGCCAGAGUGCUCCCUAUGCAGAUAUCAUAGCUACAGUGGGACCAAUGUUCCAUAAAAUGUGAAGGAAAUCCAGAACAUGCAGAUUUAUGUCAUAUUUGGAAUUUCUGUGUAGAUGGUUCACUUUAAUGCAGAAGCUGUCUGGAAGCAGCUGAAGGUCUGAUCCAUUUCAUAUAUUAGCCAACUGCCUAUUUUAUGUUUGUAAAGUCAGAAUAACCAUAGCCAGAAUUGGAAACCUGUUUGCUCACAGAAAUACUGAAUUGUAGCUAAGUAACAUUUUUAACUUAGCUAACUUGAAUGUAUAGUAUUUACCAUUUCCCUGACUUGAAUAUUGCAUUUAGAAUAUAUUUUUAAAAUACUAUGUGCCUUCAAGAAAUAUUUAAGGAUAUUUUUAAAGCUAUUUUAUAUUGGAUUAUUUACUUAAGUUUUAUGGGAGUAAUUAAUAUUUUGUUUCCCCACAGGCGGUAAUUUAUUUGAUUCUAAUGCAAAUCACCCUUGAUUUGACCUAAUGCCAUAUUUUUUAAUCUAAUAUCUUAAUUUAAAAGUUCUAAAAUUCAUCUUUGUCUUAAAUUAUCUGAAUGACUUUUAGUCUAUUUAUGGGUUAUUUAACAUUUUAUUUACUAUUUAAUGAUUAUUAUAACUACCAUUCGUGUGUCAGCAAAACUAAAUCUCUUCUUACGUUGAAAAAAUUAGCAGACACUUAUUCAGCACGUUGUCUGCAGCUACAAUUCAAGUAAAGGUCGUUAAAAUAAAUGUUCUUUUACUUGGUGUUUACUGAGCAUUUUUUACAUUAAAACCAUUGUUUUUCUUUUUUCUUAGUUCAAGUUUGAGUUAGGGAAUUUUCAUAUAAUGCUCUGUGAGCUCCAUAGUGUUCUAUGAAGUGAAGCUGAUAGUACUCUCUUAAAUCUCCUUGUAUCUAGAGUUAUCUUCCUGCAAAUGAAAUCCUAAAUGGCCUCUUUGAAUGUAUUAAUUAUAAUAUUGAAAUGUCAAAAUUUAAACCUUUAAAAAUUUAAAAUAUUUAAAAAAUGUCUUUUAUUCUUCUAAAGAUACAUGAUUUAAAAUCCAAAAAAAAAAGUCUUUUAUUUUUUAAAUUAACAUAUAGAAAAACUGACUUUCUCAUUUUGGCACAUAGUUCUGUGAAUUUUAACACAUGUCCAGAUUCCUGUAACCACCACUACAAUCAGGAUACCAACAGUAACAUCACCCAAAAAAUUCCCUUGUGUUAUCCCUUUGUAAUCACUGCCUUCCCGCAUCCUAACUCCUGCAACCACUCGUUUACAUGACUAUAGUUUUGGGGUUUUUUUAAUGUUAUAUAAAUGGAAUCCUAUAAUAUGUAACCUUUUUGAAACUUUCGUUCAAUAUAAUGCCUUUGAGAGUUCUCCAAGCGGUUGCAUGUAUCAGUGGUUUGGUACUGUUUGUUGCUGGGUAGUAUUCUGGUGUCUGGAUAUAGCAGUUUAUUUAUCCAUUUACCCCCUGGAAGACAUUGAAGUUGUUUUCAGUUUUUGGCAAUUAUGAAUGGAGCUGCUUAAUAUACUCUUGUACAGUUUUUGUGUGAACAUAAGUGUAUUUCUCUGGAUAAAUAUCUAGCAGUGAAAUUGCUGGGUCAUAUGGUAAGCGCAUGUUUAACUUGAUAAGAAAUUAUCAAGUUGUUUUCCAGAGUGGAUGUACCUUUUUGGACUCACACUAGCAGUAUGAGAUUUACAAUUGACCCUUUGCUACCUUUUAUUUUGACAUAAUUGUGGUUGUAAAAAAUAAUACAGAAAGACUUG